AUGGAUGCCGAUCGCUUCGAUCCUUCCGUACCUCUGUGGAUCCUGCAUGUCGACGGCUCGACAAAUCAACAAGGCUGUGGAGCUGGUUUGGUGUUGACUACUCCAGACGGGUGCAAAGUUGAAUAUGCCCUCCGAUUCAACUUCAGAACCUCUAACAACGAGGCAGAGUAUGAGGCUCUCUUGGCCAGCCUUCGGCUAGCCAAGAGCAUGAGGUCCAAACAAAUCAGCAUUCACAGUGACUCCCAGCUCAUAGUGAAUCAAAUAACGGCAGACUUCGCAGCGAAGGAUGCCUCCAUGUCCGCCUACCUAUCGGCAGCCCACCAACUCCUACAAAGGUUCCACGCUUACGAGAUUCGGCAGAUCCCCAAGUCAGAGAAUAGCCAGGCCGAUGCACUCUCUCGUUUGGCUUCGACAAUCAACGACAAGAUCGGAAGGAAGGUGUCGGUGGAGAUAUUAUCCCAGCCAAGCACGAAAACGGCGGAGGUGUGUACCGUACGGUACGAGGACACAUGGAUGUCUCCAAUUUACGCAUUCCUGAUGAACGGAACCCUGCCCACCGAUAAGUCCCAAGCUCAGAAGCUCCGUUACCGAUCGGCAAGAUACACAGUCAUCGACGAUGUUCUGUACAAGCGAGGCUACACCAUGCCGUAUCUGAAAUGCCUCACUAAGGAGCAGGGGGACUACGUCCUUCGGGAAGUUCACAGUGGGGUCUGCGGUGACCACUCAGGGUCCAGAUCGCUAGCGCACAAAGUCUUCCGGCAGGGGUAUUUCUGGCCGACCCUACACCAAGAUGCGAACGUCUUAGUCAAGAAGUGUGACAAAUGCCAACGGUUCAGUAGUAUCCCUCACAUCCCUGCCGAGCCUCUCUCACCGAUCAUAAGCCCAUGGCCUUUCGCCCAGUGGGGACUGGACUUCAUUGGCCCGAUGCCGCAAGGUAAGGGCCAGGUCAAAUAUAUUAUUGUCGUCGUAGAUUACUUCACCAAAUGGGUAGAGGCCGAACCCUUGGCUACGAUAACGGCAGCCAAAAUGGAAGAUUUCAUCUGGACGAACAUUUGCUGCCGAUUCGGAAUCCCCUACGCAAUCAUCACCGAUAACGGAAGGCAAUUCGAUUCGGACGCCUUUAGGCAAUUCUGCACUCGCCUCAAGAUCAAUCUGUUCUUCGCUUCGCCAGCUCACCCCCAAUCGAAUGGUCAGGUCGAAGCGAUGAACAAAAUUGUCAAGAAGCUAUUGAAACGGCAGCUUGACAAAGCCGAAGGAGCCUGGCCGGAGAAGCUUCCAGAGGCGUUAUGGGCCAUCUGGACAUCCUACCGAACGGCAACUGGGAAACACCGUUCUCCAUGGCUUUUGGUUCGAAAGCGGUAG